CUGGCGGUAGUCCGAAUCCAACCAUCAACGAGAAUCGUUUUGCUUCAAGUUGUAUCUCCGUUGCGUCUGGCUUUAACAUGGCGUAUAAAGCUAUCUGUUUGGUUUUGAUGCUGCUGAUCACGCCAAUUGUGUUCAGCCAGCCCGACAAAUGGUUCGAACCAAGAAACCCAAGCCCCACCGACAUGGCAGAGACAGUUAUAGAUGAAGAGAAGUCUUACGAGGCGGUGCAACUCUGUCCGUGUGCCAGACUAGGUUGGCAGAACAUCCCAGGGGGUCUCAUCCACGUAUCCAUCGGCUCGUCUGGUGUUUGGGGAGCUAACUCAAACGGUAAUAUCUACUUCAGGGAAGGGUCGUAUGGCAACGAACAAAACACAGGCGCCUCUUGGAUACAAGUCAGUGGAGGACUGUCACAACUCGAUGUUGGUAAAAACGUAGUCUGGGGUGUGAACAGUAACGAUAAUAUCUAUGCUCGACAGGGCAUAACGUCUGGUAACCCAACCGGUACCGGAUGGAGUCAAGUCGGUGGUGCUUUGAAGCACGUCAGCGUUAGCCAGAAGGGGCAUGUUUGGGGUGUAAACUCAGGCGAUAAUAUUUACCAUCGUCUUGGGGCCAGCAACUGUAAUGUUCUGGGCAAUGACUGGCGUCAGAUCGGGGGCGGAUUGAAGCAGAUUUCGGUGGGUAGCGGGGGAGUAUGGGGCGUUAACUCCGCAGAUAACAUCUACUACAGGGAGGGGACUUUCGGCGAUCCGGAUUCGGAUCCUGACGGUUCCACCUGGACCCGUGUAUCCGGAGCUUUGAAGUACAUCAGCUCAGGCGACGAUAUCUAUGGGGUGAAUUCUAACAACAAUAUUUAUUAUAGGCUGGGGGUGUCUGCUGCGGCACCGAAGGGUACUGGCUGGCAGAAUAUUCCAGGGGGACUGUCACAGAUCGAGUCACUGUCACUUGCCGUCUGGGGUGUCAAUACUAACGGUAACAUUUAUGUGAAGGAGACGGAUUAGAGCAUUUCAGACCAAUUUGUGAAAUUGACACCUAACUGACGUCAAAACUACAGUGACUCGGCCUGCAACAUGCCUAGAGUUAAAUACAAUUUUAGAGAACCCAUUUUAUUUUUUACUUUUAAAGAGCCUUGAAUUUGACAUUUUGACUGACUGACUGUUCCUCCUGGAAGGUAAAGACCCAUAAGUUUUGAAGUCCAAUGACGUCGUGGGUCAGUUUUCGCUCUUAAAAAAAAGUCAAGAAUGAACAAAAACAUUUCCGUACAUCUCAGAAUGGUUGAAUGGUUUGGAUCAAAUUGUACACUUUAAGGUUAUGAAUUGCAAUAACAUUUGACACCAUUUUGACACGAGAUUAGAUACUUGCAAUUUGUUCCCAUUCAAAUGAGGACGCUAUCCCUCGGACGAAUAAGUACAUACGUGUCCUUCCACUAUCAGUAAGCAGGGCACCCAAGAGAAUUUGGUUCGUCUUUGUUGAUCAAAAUGUAAUUAAAUUUGGGACUUUUGAACGCCAGGUAGCAGCAGACUUUCCAUUGUUUACGCUGAUCUGAGCAUGUUCACAAUUUACCAAGAACUAUGAGUUGUACCCGGUAAGUCUGCUGCCACUUUCAGUCCAAAAACAGUCCCCCAUUCACUUCAUUCAAACGCACAUUUAUUUCCAAACUUCUUAAAGAAGAACAAACUUGAACAAUACAAAUGCGGGAAUUUGAUUGAAAUAAUAACAAUAAUAUAAAGCGAGUGUCAAUGAAUUGUUUUCUAACAGGAUAAGAAUCGAAUUGUGUUUAAAUCAGUGAUAUGCAACGCCAAAGAUGUAAUGAAAAGUUAACUAAAACAAAUCUUGAAAUAAUGUUAUGCAAUUAAGAAAUACAACAAAAUGUAACAGUUCCUAAAAUAAAGAGUAAUUUAUAAUCGUA